GCCGCCACCGUCCAAGCAUCCGUGAGUCAUUUUCUCCCCAUCUCUGGGCACGCGGUAGUGACCACCCUAAGAGGUUUGCAGGCCUGCAGAAUGGCAGAAGCGGAUCCUAACAGGGUCUCGGAGCCUGCCGCCCAGGGGGUGGAUGAAGAGGUGGUAGCUAUCUUGUCUAGCGAUUCAGGGGACGAAUCUGACAGCAGCAGCUCUAGCAGCAGCAGCAGUGGCCGCAGCCCCUUCUAUAGAAGUAUAAGUGUACCUGGGCCUUCCAGAAGUGUGCGGCGGACUCCGUCAGGUAGAAGUUUCGUGGAUCGGCUGCCUCGGGCAGUUAGAAAUCGUGUGCAGGCUCUCAGAAAUAUUCAAGACGAAUGUGACAAGGUAGAUGCCCUGUUUUUAAAGGCAGUUCAUGAUCUUGAACGAAAAUAUGCCGAACUCAAUAGGCCUCUGUACAACUGGCGAUUUGAAAUCAUCAAUGCAGAAUAUGAGCCCACGGAAGAAGAAUGUGAAUGGAAUUCGGAGGAUGAGGUGUUCAGCAGCGAUGAAGAGAUACAGGAAGACUCUAGUGAGAUGCCUGCUUUAGAGGGUGAGGAAGAAGAGGAUGAUCUGGAAGCAAAAUCUGAGGUCAAGGCUGAAGAAAAUGUAACACCAAUAGAAAAUCCAAAAGCAAAGAUUGAAGAAAAAGCAGAGUCCAAAGAUGCUCUGGAGGCCUAGCCUGAAGUAAAAGAAGAUACAAAAGAAGCCCCCCAGGCAAAGGCAGAAGAUAAAGGGCAGACUAAAGCAGCAGAGGCUAAGACCAGGACUCCAGGAAAAGAGGCCCCAAAAAGAGUUCCUGAGGUCACGCCUGAAGAAAGAGCUCUUAAAAGAGCUCGCAAAGGAAAGCCUAAAAGAGAAGAUCCUAAAGGCAUUCCCGACUAUUGGCUGACUGUGUUCAAGAAUGUUGACAAGCUGGGGCCCAUGAUUCAGAAGUAUGAUGAGCCCAUUCUUAAGUUCCUGUCUGAUGUUAGCUUGAAGUUUUCAAAACCCGGCAGGCCUAUAAGUUACACAUUUGAAUUUUGCUUUCAACCUAAUCCAUACUUCAAGAAUGAGGUGCUGACCAAGACAUAUAUAAUAAAGUCAAAGCCAGAUCGCAAUGAUCCCUUCUUCUCUUGGGACUGGGAAAUCCAAGAUUGCAAAGGCUGUAAUAGAGGAAAGGAUGUCACAGUGACAACCACCCAGAGUCACACAGCUGCUACUGGACAAGUUGAAACCCAGCCAAGUGUGGUUCCUAAUGCAUCAUUCUUCAACUUCUUUAGCCCUCCUGAGAUUCCUACUGUCGGAAAGCUUGAACCACGAGAAGAUGCUAUCCUUGAUGAAGAUUUUGAAAUUGGUCAAACUUUACAUGAUAACGUCAUCCUGAAAUCAAUCUAUUACUAUACAGGAGAAGUCAAUGGUACUUAUAAUUUCGGUAAAGAUUAUGGAAACAGGAAAUAACAAAAAUAUAAAAGAGGCUGCAUGAAAGAAUUUUCAGGAAUCUCAAAUUUCAAGCAGAACUAA